AUGAAGAUUCUCUCUACUCUGGCUCUAUCAUUGGUGGUUAUUUUUGAUUUUAUUGAAUUAAGUUUGCCGUUUGAUUUGAACGUCGAACCUACCUCUGAUUCUCCUCGCACCAGUACGCCGCAUCCUCCUAAAAGGAAUUUAAGUUUGCAGUUUGAUUUAAACGUCGAGCCUAAUCCUGAUUCACCUUGUACCGGAACUUCUCAGUCUCCUAAAAUACAUCAUUCUUAUGAAAGAACAAAUUCCAGGACUCCUUCUGCCGAGUUACAUCCUGCCGAGUCUUCUGCCAAGAAUACUGCCAAUUUAAAUCAUCCCAAGCUUUCUCCUUUAAGGAUGCCUUCUGACACAUCUGAUUCUAAAGACGAGUCUCCUCCUGCCAGGUGCACAGUUACACCUGCCAGACUUCCUUCUCCUAACAUGCAUGGAUAUGGAUUUAAAUAUUUUGAAUAUAUUCGGCUUACUUCUUACGCCAAUCCGAACUGGAUAUUCAAAUUACGAAGAUACACUUUCCCUUCCGAUAGAAUUGUUAAAUUACAAGUGGGGCAUAAUGCAUUUAAACCUGUGCCAGACCAAGAACACAUUGUCAUAUCAACAUUCGAUGGUGACGUCUUUGCAAUAUUGGAGAGUACCAAUAUUCUUGCUGGACUUUACGUUCAUCAUAUUAAAUAUUACAAACGGGCGAAAAUAGACAAGCAGGGCAUGGUUACACUAUUAACUCCAAUAGAAAUCAAGGAAAUACCUGUGGGUUCCGCUCGACCAAUACAAAGAUAUUUUCAGGUGACGCUAACAAAUGAAGUGUAA